AUGUUGGACUCAAAUUUUAGGACUGAAUUGACUUUGUAUCUAAAGUAUAUUGAUUUGGUGGUAGUUGAAAUAUGUUUGUCUUUCUACGAAGUAAAGAGCAACAAGGCGAUAUGGUUCUCAAACAAAGUUGAACGUCUGUAUUGGGAACAAUGGUACAUCAAUCUGAAUGUUGCUCAACAUCGCAAACCAACCUCUAGCAAAACUCACCACUCCAAAGUUAUAGACUCUGAGGGUGCAUCCGAGGAGAGAAGUGCUCGUAGGGCUGCAAUUGAAGUGUCACUUCGGGAGGUUCUCUUUCAAAUAAUAAAAUUUGUAAAUGAGAAAAAGGAUCAUAUUCCUCCCAUUCCAAGUCGUGAAGGAAUCUCAUUUCCCUAUGAGAUUACUAUCCCAAGCUCAUCAGACACUACGUUUGGGAUGGAUAUGAUCAAAAGGAUGCUCCAAACAGGCCAUCCAACCAUGCUUAGCUGACAAUUCAAUGGUAAAUCAGUUCAUCAGAAAGAUUUUAAUGUGGUCAAUCUGGAACAGGGUCGUAAAAGGUGAAAAGGUGACCGGGAUUCAUGUCUUAAGUGCUCUACAUCUUUUCCUCAGAAAAAAAAAAAAAGUGCUCUACAUCUGUAAAUAGUGCCUUCUUGUUUUCUCCUCUUCAUAUCUCACGUACGAGUAAUUCCCUACUCUUCUCUUUACUAUAAUGCUGCAAAGGUUAAAGUUUCGGCAA